GCCCGCCCCUUCCCGCCCCGCGCCGCGCCGAGGCGCGAAGCCGGGCCCACCGGACGCCUUGGCCGCCCAAAGCCACUCGGAGAGACUUGGAACUGCGCAACGCUCAGUUUGUGCCGCGGAGGACUGGAGGCGGCCGCGGCGUAUCCCGCAGCGAGUCUCGGCGGCCUCCAGCCCUGUCCUGCUCGGCGCCGAGGCUUCACCGCAUGGUCAGGAUGGCAACUGGCGGCCAGAAACGGAUAAUCCAGUUAACCGGGUUUAAAAGGCAAGAGAAAAAGACACUACUCGAAUAUCUGCGCAAACUGGCCUGUGUUUUUUUAAAUAACAAGCAAUACAGAAACUGUUCACAUCUUAUAGCAAAAAAGCUUUGCAAGAGUGAAAAGUUCUUAGCUUCCUGUGCAGCAGGAAAGUGGAUACUAACUAAGGAGUACAUAAUUAAUAGUGCCAAAAGUGGCAGAUGGCUUGAUGAAACAACGUAUGAGUGGGGAUAUGAAAUUGAAAAAGACACCCAUUAUUCACCUCAAAUGCAAGCUGCACCUAAAAGAUGGCGCAAAGAACUGACACGCUCUAGUGCUCCAGGGGCCUUCCACAGGUGGAAGGUUCUUCUCCUUGCUGACGAAGAUGAUAAACAAAUGAUGUCUGUUAGAAGAGUCCUUCAAGCUGGAAAGGCAACCAUAUGUUCAUCUCAAAACUCAGAGCACAAUGUAACUCAUAUUUUCGUCAGUAAUAACACUUGUCUUAGGCAAAACAGAAGAGAUGUGUCUGACAGCCAAUGCUACCCUUUGCAAUAUAUAGGAGAUUACCUUUUUGAGAAUGAAAUACAAAAUACUGAAGAUAUCCCAGUGAGUGAUGUCCUGACUGUGCAAGAAACAGACAAAAUCAUGUCUGACAUGCAGCUGGCUGAAGUGAAAAAUGCUGUUAUAAGACAUAUGUAUUUUACCACUGCUGUUAAACAAAAGUUUGCUCAAGAAGAUGACUUGAAGAAAUGCUGUCCAGAGGUUAAAAGUGCCAACCUCUUCAGGGACACAUGGUAUCUGGUUGAAGAAUUAACAGAAGAGUAUUUAAUUCAUGAUGUGAUCACAGAACUUGCUGCUUGUCAAAAGUACUCUACACCAUCUGUGAAAGUUCUUCAUUCUCUUCUAGAGUAUAUCCUCCUGGAAAAUACCAGUGCAAUGUAUUUUGUUAAAUUUUUUCACAUUUUGUACCUUAUUCUCCAAUUUGAUCCUCCUUGGAAGUCCCCAUCUAUGUUAAACUAUUAUCUGGAUCUUCUUCAGUGUCCCAUCUGUAAAAAAGGCACAUGGUCCUUGAUAGAGAUGCUUGUGAGGUCUUGCCUUUAUUGCAAACCCACUUGUCAUGAAGUCCCAGUUUCAGGGAGGGAACACGAAAAGAGGGUAGUUCACAAAACAUUACUGAAGUUUUUCGUUGAUCUACUAAAAGCUGAAGUAGAGUUUCUGACGAAAAGCUUGGUUGAAGGGACCAGUUCACAGCAUCAGCAAGUCAUGCCGCAGACAGUUCUUCUAAAGACCUUUUGGCUGGGAAGCAAAACCUCGGUGCUUUUCACCAAACACAUAAAUAUUCUAGCAGAUUGGGUCAUACUUUCCCACAGAGAAUUGAACAGGAAAAACGAUGCUUUCAGAUGUGAAAUUGCUUUUCUGUUAAAUGCAAUUCUUGGAACCAUAGUGGAAUAUUGGAUCAUCUCAAGUUUGCUUGUGGACAGAAAUGUGUUUCAUCAAGUAGCUGAUGACCUGGCCCAUUACCUUGCCAUUUCAUGUGAUGAUUUUUCAAUACACGAUUUAAACGCUUUCAUUUCUUCCAUAACAUCUCCCUGGCUUCAGAUGUUUGUGGCAGAAGCAGUUUUUAAAAAUAUGUGUUUACAGAGGAACAUAACUAUUUCUAGAGAACCUCUUUCUCUUCAAAAAAUAGUCUGCUGCUAUUUUCCUGCCUUGAGAGAGGCAGGAAUGCACAAGACAAAAAAGGUACAGAAAGUAGAGUGUUGGAAGAAGAGAAGAGGGCAACAGCCAUGUCCUGAAUCUCCAAGUGUAUUACAGACGCCAAGCGGUGAUAAGCAGAACCAAGUCAAAGUGCUGCCUGAUCUACCUGACUCGAAUAAAUGCCCUUCUCCGACAGUGAAGCUUAGACCAAGAGCAAAAAAAGUUAAGGUUGAACACAAAGAGAAUUGUUUGCCUGAAAAUGUGACUAUCUGGAAACGAAGUCUGAAAGGAGAGACAGCCCUGCAUACAGCUUGCAGAAGUAACAAAGUGGAGAGAUUGAUUCAGCUGCUCUCUCUCCCUGGAGCAGACAUUAAUGUUAAAGACUAUGCUGGCUGGACGCCUUUGCAUGAAGCCUGUAACCAUGGCAGCACAGUGUGUGUCCGUGAAAUUUUGCAGCGUUGUCCAGAGGUAGACCUGCUCAGUCAAGUGGACGGGGUGACUCCUUUGCAUGAUGCACUGUCAAAUGGACAUGUAGAAAUUGCCAAGCUGCUACUUCAGCACGGGGGUCCAACCCUUCUACAGCAGAGGGACACCAGUGAAAAGCUCCCACUGGAUCAUGUUGAGUCCAGACAACUAAAGCAAGAACUUUUGAAUCUUGUUCAUCCAGGAGAGAGCCCAGAGAGCUUCUCUGAGCACACAGAAGAAGAUUUUUGCAGUCAGCAGAGAGAACUGUGGUUGACUUUGUUCAGUAAGAUGCUGCUGAAUUUUUUCUCUGUUUAUAAUCUGUCUUCACCCAUUACUUUCAGAAAUGCAGCAUGUUCAAAGGUACUUCCAGUGCUGGCUUCUGAUAACUCUAAGGUCACAAAUGCAUAUCCUGCAGACUGGUUAGUAGAGUUGUAUUUUAGAGAGCUAGAAACUUUUAAGAAGCUACCACAGUUUGUUCAAGAGUUCUCUGAAAAUGUGAGGUUUUUCCCUGGAGAACAGAUGAAGGCUUUAUUAGCAACUCUGGAAACUAUGGCAGAGGCCUACAAGCUCUUACUUAAAUGUCCCUAACCGUUAGCUUCCAGACAAGCCACACUGGCUGAAUCUUGAUUGAUUACCCUUGGUAUUGGCUUAGCUUUAUUUCCUGCCAACCAGAGAAGUUCAAAUUUCACAGCCUGACACACUCCUUCUGUGUUACCAUCUCCCAUAUUCUUAGUACUUUCCUCUACCAAAAACUAGGCAUCAGGUGAAGUGAUUCUCAGUGCAUUUUGUAGACAAAAUAUUUCCAAUACCAGUGGCUUCCACUUAUUGAUCUGGGUGUCUGAGACUACUUUAGGAGAGGGCGUUAUCAUUUGCACUAAGUGAAACUUUGUGCUUUCUGUCCUGGAAGUGCUUGCUGCCUAUCCCAUGCUAGAGUUCACCCAGGUAAGUGGAUUGGUUAUCAAGAGUUUGAUCAAGGUGAAGUGCCAAUACAAGCAGUUUUAUCUUGAGAAACACUUGUGCCUAGUUAUUUCAAUGCCCUUUAAUAAAGCUGAUAUUUAAAAUCAUUUGUGUUUAAAGCUGAUAUUUUAAACACCUGUCAUUAAAGGAAACCACAUGGAAAAUUCCUUCUAUCAAA